AAGAAGCACCACCACAAAACUCAAAGAUUUUUCUAUUAUCAACAGUCAUCACUGCUCAUCAUCAUCAUCUUCUUCUUCAUCAUCUUCUUGCUCUCCUUUCAGGGCUUUCAAAAACACCCAUAAUAAAGUUUCAAUCUUUCACCCCCACUUAACCCUAACUUGACCUCUUCUUCAAACUACUUUUUUCAAAACCACUUUUUUUUUUCUUUUUAAUUUUUCCCUUUUAAGUUUUGAUAUUGUUAAUUAAUGUUUGAGCCAUGGACUUAACCCCAGCUUCGAAGUCUCCUGAAACUGAGAGUACUGAAACAGCGGCCACGAAGAUCCUUCCGGCGAAGCAUUUAGCUUUCACCAACGGGGUGUUGAAGCGCCACCAGGUUCAUCACCACCAACACCACGGCGGCGGCCACCCCCACAGCCACCAUCAUCAUCCUAUUGUUAUUACUUACAAAGAAUGUCUGAAAAAUCAUGCAGCCAGCUUGGGUGGACAUGCUCUAGACGGGUGUGGAGAGUUCAUGCCUUCUCCUACAGCCACGUCGACGGAUCCCACUUCCCUUAAAUGUGCCGCAUGUGGCUGCCACCGUAACUUCCACCGCCGGGAUCCAGACGACCCGUCGUUUGCUCCCACCACACCCCACGCUACAGCUAAUCCUAAUACAAUUACAACUGCCACAAUUGAGUACCAGCCCCACCACCGUCACCACCCUCCGCCUCCACCAUCGUCCCAAGCUCAACCUCCGCCGCACAGAAGCCCCAGUUCUUCCUCUCCUCCGCCGAUCUCGUCGUCGUACUACCCGUCAGCCCCCCACAUGCUGCUUGCUUUAUCCGGGAACUUGAGCGGGCACGAAAAUGUGAUGAAUAAUGUCGGAAAUGUCCGGGCGAGCUCGAGGAAGAGGUUUAGAACGAAGUUCAGUCAGAAACAGAAGGAGAAAAUGCUUGAGUUUGCAGAGAGAGUGGGGUGGAAGAUGCAAAAGAGAGACGAUGAAAUGGUGCAGGAGUUUUGUAAUGAAGUUGGGGUCGAUAGAACUGUGUUGAAGGUAUGGAUGCAUAAUAACAAGAACACUUUCGGGAGAAGGGAGAGUCUUGGAGGUGAAAAAAUCAAUCUUGAAAGCAAUGGCAACAAUGGUGGUGGUGAAGAGGGGGAGGAGAAUAAUAUUAAUACUACUAAUACUAAUAAUAUUAAUAUUGAAAGUGAAAGUGUUGCACACGUUGUCGGAGUUGGCGGUGGAAGUGGAGGUGGUGGUGGUGGUGCCACGGCGAAUGGGUCAUCUUCUUCAUCUUGAGCAAUGUUUUGAUGGGAAAAUAAGUGUUAGAAAGAUGAUAGAGUAAGGACUUUGAUUUUAUUAAUUAGCUGUUUAUUAUCCUUUUUUUUUUUUUUUUUCCUUCUUCUUUUAAUUAUUUUCUCUUCUCUUUUCUUUCUUUUUUUCCUUUCUCAUUUUGUUCUUAGUUUAAUUAAAUGAUGGUGAUGAUCAAUCACUUGUCACUUCAUUACUACUUUGUUGAUUAUGAGGAUGGAUAUUAACAUGGGAGAGCUUGUUCCAAAGGGAAUCCCUUUUCUUUUCUUUUGCAAAUUUUUUCCCCUCAUUUAUUGGCUUUAAUUAAUUAAUUAAUUGCCCUUUUUGUUUAAUUAAUUAAUUCAUUCUUCUUCUUCUUCUUCUUCUUCUUGUUGAAACACAGAGAGACAUCUUUUGUCUGAGAGAAAAGGAGCAAAAAGUGUUGCUUGCAUAGAAGAGUGUGGUUGCAGAUUAUUCUAUUUUAUCCCCAUAGCUUUUAUGCAAUACUUUAGUGUUUGAUUUAUGGGAGAUAUAUUUGAGAGAUUUGAUAGCUUUAUUUUAUUUGAAGCUGCAUCAUUUUAUGAUCAUUGUUCCCCUGUCUUCUCCUCCUCCUCCUCAUAAAGUCUAGAUUAUUAUAAUUAAUUAAGCAUUAAGAUUUCCAUGGUUAAAGCUAAACCAGUACUUGCUUCUAGUUCUAAAUAUAGAAUCUUAUUCAUAGCUUUAUUUUAUUUUAUUCUUCAAAAGUGCAAAAGAAAAGACCAUUCUUCUCAAUUAGGGUUAUUACUCCUUUUGGGUGUUUUGGAUAAUGCAUAAUACUUAACUCCAAACCCUCAACUUUUAAGCUUCAUGAUUAAGGAUAAGGGAUAUUAUUCUAAUCUAAUCUAAUCUUUUUAGUUUAAUUAAUUUAAUAUUAUAUUGGAGUCGUCUUUUCCUUUCUUUUUUAUCUGUAACUUUCCUUUUAAGGGAAGCAGUUUCAGUUCACCAUUAGUGCUAGUAUUUUUAUUAUUAUUUGUAUAAUAAAGAUGCUGAUGCUGAUGACGAUUGGAGUCCUUAAAUGUUAAGUGUCUUGUUGCCUUCAACUUCCUUGAUGUGGGUUUGUUUUGGUUUAUGGUCAUUGAUGAAGUCAGUAAUCUUGUUUCUGUGGGGUGUGGCCGUGGGUGCAUGCAUCAUCUUCUGUGGCUCAACUGCCAAAGCAUGGGCUAUAGCUUGUCCCUCAGUCUUCCCUCAAGACCAUCUUCUUCAAUAUUAAUAUAAUAAAUUCGCGAUUUGAUAGU